AUGGAGCAAAAUCUGCGCCGUCAGCUACAGGAGGCAGAAGAAGAACUCACUCGCACCCGCCAAGAACUAGACGAGAAAUCACAGCAACUGAGACAAUUGCGCCAAGCCCUUCCUCUCCCCGAACCAGAGCGACUUUAUGAAAACAUCAUCAAACUUUGCCAUAAUUUCAACUCCUGCACUACAAGAGUGACCGAGUUGAACAACCGCAUCAACGCUCUCCGCCGAUCAAGCGACAGCUACGACAACCGUCUCCAUAACGUUGAACUGCUGGAACUCUCUGUGGAAAAUCUGCGCAUUGAGAUGACCUUCACACGAUUCCAACUCCGCACCUUAUUUACCAUUCCUGCUCUGUUGUGCGCUGCGGGAAAUACUACAAAGGAUAUAUGGGACGCAUGGAUGGAUCGGCCCCACCGCAACGAUAUGGGUCUCCCACUUCUAGUUCAACCAGAUCAGAUCGAAAUGGUGGCUACGGAUCAACUCCAACAGCUCACACACCACCACCAAUCCCUCAUGGAAAUACGGACGUCACUCAUGGAAGAGGACCGAGAAACUGCUUUCGAUUUCAGGAAGCAGAUGUCAGAAGCUGUUGCAAAACUUCAAUCCUCGCUCGAUUCUGCUUUGCUCGCCAAGGACCUGCAGGAACAAGCGCAACAACCUCCACUCGGGCCGGAGGGCAUAGCGAUGCACGACCAAGAAAGAGAGGCGAUCCAGGAGAAUGUCGAGUUUCUUGAAGGAGUCGAGUUAGAGGAGGCCGAAGCAAAUGAAGAAGAGGAACCACCAAACUUGCGGGAACGUUUGCGAGAGGAGGACGGCAACAGGAGAGAGUAUAUUCAACAGGAACUCCAACAGCUAAAACAAGCCCGCGAUAAUCUUCGCCUAAUCAUCGACGAAUUGCGCCAGCACCCCACUUGUCCGCCAAGAAGGUAUGGGUACGGAGCAAUCAGCAACAAUGCGGAAAGACUUAUGCGCUGCGCCUUCUGCAGAUCAGUGGGUAGACACUACUCGGACUCAUGCGAUGAAAUAACAUCUGUCACGGAACGCCGCCAGAUGAUUGAAGACAGAGAUAGAUGUGUGGAGUGCCUGGAGAAUUGUAAAGGAAGACAGCUAUGUCCAAAAUAUUAUGCGCGUUGUUUCCAUUGCGGGGAAUUUGAUCAUCAUUCCGCCUUAUGCGAAUUACCUGACAGAAGUGAGGAAGUCGCGGAAAGGUUAGCAAGGGCACGGCGUAGUCUCGAAGACACUUAUCAGAGAAUCGAAUUUCUGGAACACGAAAUGCGCCUUCUCCACAACUAG